AUGAGGCGCACCCAGUCAGCGGAUGUCAUUGCCGUAAUGGAAAACCUGUGCGUGCGCUAUGGGUAUCCCAGACAGUUGGUAACGGACAAUGGGCCGCAGUUUACCUCGGCGGAAUUCAGUGAUUACUGUCAACGUAACGGAAUCAAGCACCUGCGCACGGCUCCAGGACAUCCGCAGUCAAACGGGCAGGCGGAGCGGUAUGUCGGUUCGUUCAAAGACGCCAUGACAAAGAUGUUGGCUGCCGGGAAAACCGAUCUCGACGAAGCCAUACGGCAGUACCUGCUUCGCUACCGUACGACACCGCAGUCAACAACCGGAAGUCCACCGGAUGAACUGUUUCUCAACCGACGGCUGCGAACAGCACUGGAUCGCAUUCAUCCAGAUGUGAAUGAGAAGCGAGUCGCAAACCAGGCUCGUUAUAAAGAGCAGUUCGAUCAGCACACGAAGGCGAAGGAGUUUAGCCCUGGUCAGAAGGUCAUCGUUCGCGAUUACCGCCAUGGGCCGAAAACAAACUGGACAGCUGGGAAACUAAUCAGCAGGAAAGGUCAACGUCAGUGGAUAGUCACAGUUGAUGGUGAUCAGUGGGUCAGGCAUGAAGACCAGAUCAAACUCAGACACUGGAGAAGCGACAACGAAGAGCCAAAUGAUGUAACCGCACUGCCAGAAAUCCCAAAACAACUGGCAGAAACGACAUCGAGCGCGAGUAUGAAAACUGCUGAACCAGAAGUACCAGCAGCAGUAACUGUGAAGCCAGAACCUGAGAUUCCAGCUGUACCGGAAGCGAUAACGAAUCCGCAACCGCUACCACAAGCGACAAAUGCGGAACAGCCAGCAUUACGCCAGUCUACAAGAGUGACGAAGGUUCCCGAUCGAUAUGGAUAUGAAAAGGGAAAAAUGUAG